AUGACAUUAAGCUUUUUUGACCAAUUUAUGAGCCCCACAUACCUGGGAAUCCCCCUAAUUGCUAUCGCGCUCAGCUUGCCCUGAAUUCUCUACCCUAAGCCCACCCCCCGUUGACUAAACAAUCGCCUCAUUACACUCCAGGGAUGAUUUAUUAACCGUUUUACCCAACAAAUCUUUCAACCCCUAAGCUUAGGGGGCCAUAAAUGAGCCGCCCUUCUCGCCUCCCUCAUACUCUUUCUCAUUACCUUAAACAUACUUGGACUUCUCCCCUACACCUUUACCCCUACAACACAACUCUCCCUUAACAUAGCCUUUGCCGUCCCCCUCUGACUUGCAACAGUUAUUAUUGGCAUGCGAAACCAACCCACCCAUGCCCUAGGACACUUAUUACCAGAAGGUACCCCCACCCUCCUAAUUCCUGUCCUAAUUAUUAUCGAGACAAUUAGCCUGUUUAUCCGCCCCCUUGCACUUGGGGUUCGGUUGACCGCAAACCUCACGGCUGGCCACCUUUUAAUUCAACUCAUUGCCACCGCUGCUUUCGUCCUACUUCCCCUUAUACCUACAGUAGCAAUUCUUACCGCAGUAUUGCUAUUUCUCCUAACCCUUCUAGAAGUGGCAGUAGCCAUGAUUCAAGCCUAUGUCUUUGUUCUUCUCUUAAGCCUUUAUCUACAAGAAAACGUUUA